CUUGACUUCACCGAAGGAAGCGACAGCAGGAAGCGCCGACGCGCACUACACGACGCUCGAACACGCGCGCCUUUCGCCGGAAAAAAAGGACCGCCGUUAUCCGGAACAGAGAAGUCCGGGAACUCGAAAUUCCCUACACGUGCUCGACGAGUGUUUGUUAACCGGUGUGCGAAUUUCGUUGCGAUUUGUUUGUCGAUGUAACGCCCGGAAAAUGCGUACUUAAAGACCGAACAUACAUAAUUGAAGUUUUUCUUUUAUUAAUCCAAUCGAGGAAGAUUUUUGACUGGUUUAUUUUGUUAUUAUUAUUUUUCCUUGUGGUUCCGAUUGGUCCAAGACGGCUUCUUAUAGCGAAGAAUAUCUAUCUAGGUUAAACAAUUCCGACGAAUCAGGAUGCGAGGCUGACAUGGCAGAAGGUAGCGUAGAGGAAGACAACGGCGAAAUGUUAGGUCCAACUCUAGCGCCCGUCCACACCAUGCACACGCCGGCUCCUUCGAAUUUGAGUUGCAAGGAGGAGGAAGAAGAGAGCGAUUGCGAGAGCAGCACCAUCAGUUCACCGGAACCGGGAGCUUUAGCGAUAGGCGGGGAAAACGGCGCGGAUCUUUCCCUAUCCUCCAAGCAGAUGCAAAGUCGCAUGGACGAAACGUCGCUUAAGGACCCGAAAAUGACGCCCAGGAUGUCGCCCACUUCGCACCUAAACGGAGCAAUGGCAGGUUUGGUGACUCUGCAAAAUUUGCAAAAUUUGGCAUCGCUGCAGAAUCUACCCCAAGUGGCUUCGCUAGCCGCAGGACUGUCGAGUAUGGCCGGUUUAUCGGGAAAUCCCGCUGUGAAUGCUCCGUUGAAUUUAAGCGUUAGCGGAUCAGCGCCGACGCCGAGGAGUACCCAGUCGGGCGCGUUGACGGAACCUCCGCCCGGUAUAAUAACGAAUCCGAUGAACGCGCAGCCCCAUCAGCCGACGUCCAUGGCGCCCCCGAAUCCUUUAAUGGGUUCUCAGCAGGCGCCGGCGUCCAUGCCCCAGUUUAUAUUGGCAUCGGGGCAAUUGGUGCAAGGUAUACAAGGGGCGCAAUUACUAAUACCCACUUCUCAAGGUUUGGCGACGCAAACCAUCCUGACAAUCCCGGUGAACCAUGUAAAUAGCUCAGAUCAAAUGGUUAAUCUGGCUUUGAAUAACGGACAAGUAAUGCAAACGUCUCUGGCUAACUUGCAAGCCAUGGCUCAAACUAAUUUAUUAAGUAACCCGCCCAAUCCAGUACCUCCGACGUCGAACGGUACAAUCAACCCGAACCUCCUAAACCCAGCGACUCUCACUCAUUUAUUAUCCAACAGCUCGGCCCAACAAAUCCUCCAAUCUCUUCCUCAGCUGCUAAACAACCACCCGAAUCCUUCUCCUCUAAUCAAUCCUCUUCUAUCGAAUUCCACGCCGAUUAUGAACGCCUCGCCGCCGCAACAGAGCCAAGCUCGCGGCCAAAUCAACGUCAACCAGUUGGGUUCGAACCCGUUGGGUUCCAAUCACUUGGGCUCGACUUCGAUAGGAACGGCGCCCAAUCACAUCGGCGCCAGCCAGAACGUGCACUACACCGAGGGCAAGAUGCACGGCGGCGGCAUGGGAGUGCUGCCGAGGAACCCGUCGCCCGGCGGCAAUGCCAGGACCAACGGGGACGCCAGCAUGAUGGCCAAUCACAAUACUAGUUCUAGUCAAAGUUUGAAGAGGUCACCAGGACCCUUGUCGCCUAGUUGUACUGAUAGUUCUACUGCUGAUCUCCUAGUGGAUUCGCCAAAUCAACCAACAAUAAAUCAAACGAAUUCGAACGUCGUCGAUGGCAUCAAUUUAGAUGAAAUCAAAGAUUUCGCCAAGGCGUUCAAGUUGCGGCGAUUGUCCCUCGGACUAACGCAAACCCAAGUCGGACAGGCCCUUAGCGUUACCGAAGGACCGGCUUACAGCCAAAGCGCCAUAUGCAGUGCCCUGGCUUCUCAGAUGUUUGCCGCCGCGCAACUAUCUACUCAGCAACAAGCAAUGUUCGAGAAAUUGGACAUCACGCCAAAGAGCGCGCAGAAAAUCAAGCCGGUUUUGGAGAGAUGGAUGAAGGAGGCCGAAGAUAGGUACAAAAGCGGGCAAAACCACCUCACCGAUUUCAUUGGUAUUGAACCUUCGAAGAAAAGAAAACGACGGACAUCCUUCACCCCACAAGCCCUAGAACUUCUCAACGCUCAUUUCGAAAGGAACACUCAUCCCUCAGGGACAGAGAUCACCGGUCUUGCCCAUCAGCUCGGCUACGAAAGGGAGGUGAUUCGAAUAUGGUUCUGUAAUAAGCGACAAGCCCUUAAAAAUACCGUUAGAAUGAUGUCGAAAGGCAUGGUUUAAGUCUGUGAUUUUUUAUUUCUUUAAUUUUUUUAAUAUAAAAUAAAACGUGUAAUAAAUGUGUAAAUACCUAUAGACUGUGUUUCGAAUUCUAAUGACAAAGUUAAAAUAUCGUGGUAUUCGAGUAAGUCGUUCGCAAGAAAUUUUAUGCCGUGAAAAUAAACAGUUUUAGAGGCUACAUUGAGCAUAAAAAUGAGUUUCGACUGAUAUUGAAUAAAAAUAAUGUGUUUUUUGUACAAAGUACUAAGAACAUUUGCGAACCAACAGCAAAUGAAAUUUUUAAGCUUAUGUAAUAUAAAAGAAUACAAUAAAAAUUCAAAUCAAAAAUAAAGCGCAGCCAAACGAAAGGCCCUCAAAAUUAGAAAUAAUCUAAUUUUGCACCGGACGAGUUGUUAAUUAACUCGUCAAUUUCACUUCAUUGAACGUUUGAAAUCCUUUUCGGAAGUAAGCGGGAGUUUGUGAAUAAUAAAAUUAUCGUUUAAAAAUUCAAAGUCUCUCUGUAUACGGUUUUAACAAAAAAAAAUUAUUGUCACAUAUCUUAUAAUUGUAGUAUACGAUGUUUCAACAAAAGAAAGAGUAUAUUUUUUUAAAAAAACACUUAAAUAGUAAAAUUUUUUCGUAAUGUUCGAUUUCUUAAAGCGCAACUAAAUGAUUCUCAAUCAGGC